UCCAUCAUGCCACUCUCCAAUGAUGAGCCCAUCUGCCCCAAGUUCCAGCCCAACAUCUUUGACCCCCUCCGCUGUCAUGACUGCCUGCGCCAGAGGCACCUGCACGCUGGUGCAGGAGAGAACACUGAGGUAGCACCACAGCAGAAAUCCACCACAGGAGGCACUGGAACUGGGAUUGGGAGUGGGACAGGAGUGGUGUUAACACCAAUCCCGUAUCAGGCAGCGGAAAAAGACACCAGCAGCAAGGAGGAUUCUGACGGUUUGUCAGUGGUGAGCAGCUACUGUGAUGUCAAUGGAGGACGUCCAGGUUAUAGAGAGAGCUCUUUGUGCAUCCUGAGCCCAGACUGUGAGCUUUAUAUCUGUGACGGAGACGACGACGACAGCACUGACAGCUGUCGUGAUCAGAGUGACUACCAGGAGUUCAGCGGCUCCAUCAGUGGAGAGGACGAAUAUCUGCCAAUACGUCGACAAUCUUCCAAGCUUGGCAUGACUCGGCUCGACCCGCCGCCCCACCGGCCCAACCCUCGGGCCUGGAUGGAUGAAGCUCGGAGCAGAAACGGCUUCACCGGGCGAUCAGGGAUAAAAGACGAGAGAGAGAAGCGUGAAAGUGGCUACUUCUCCUUGGGGAAGGCAGCGGGCGCCCGUUCACUCCGUGAUAACAGCCCGCCUUCUCCUUUCCGCCAUUUUGAGAAAGGACAUCCGCUCUUCAGCAACAGAAAUGUCGAACCCAAAGACACCAUCCCUUUUAGGAACCCUAAUCUCGGCAAGGCCUCCGAAAGGCCGAUACCAGAGUAUUCAGAUGAAGAUCUCCCUGUGGAAAUCCCACCUCCUGAUCCUUAUGAAAUUGCUGUUGAGGUUGAGGCACAAGUUGGCCCUCGCUCUCCAAGUCCAACUCCUUUUAAGAUAGCAGAGUCGCUGGCCUCAACAGGCCGGAAGGGUUUCAGUGGUUCACAUAGCCGGGGAAAUCCUUCAUCUCAAGUUUCAUCCUACCAACAAUCAGGACGAUAUGAUUCCUCAAAGCAUAGUUCAAUUCUACAAUCUCGCUCUUCGUCUCCCUCACGUGGAAAUCUACCGUUCAGACGCAGUGAGUCCACUGUUUCCCUUAGCAAGCAUAAUUUUGAUGGUGGAGGGCGGUCUCAAGGGGCAGAACCAGGAUCCAGAAGCUCCUUGCAAAGCACACAUGCCCGACGCUUUGAGUCGGGAACACUGCCAAAAAACUUCAAAUCGCUGGCUGGUUCAGUCCAAUCCCAAUCCAGCACGGUUUCUGACUUUAGGAGUGCCUUGAGGAAAACAGAAGUAAAUGGGACUUGGAGUUCUCGGGGUCAGGAGAGCAGAAGCUCAUCUCCCUCCAGGAGGGACUAUAACUCUCAGCGACCUAUGUCUCUCCGUAAAACUGAAACCAUAAGCAGUUCUCCACCAGGACAUGGGCGCGGCAGUCGUACUUCAUCUCCAACUAGGAGAACUUCUGCAAGUCGACAUGACAGUCACAGUUCCUCACCACCACGGAGAAAUUACAGCUCAUCGAGCCAGACCCUCUUACGUAAAUCUGAAUCAAUCAUGUCUCUGAAUGGACGUAGUCACUACGGACGCUGUGGGUCUCCAAUAAGAGAAGGCUAUGACAUUGAAAGCCAAGCUCUGUUGCGAAAUUCAGCAGCAAGGAAUGGACUGAAUGAUCAAGAAAAUGAACAAGAAAGUCCCACCAUGUCUCCACCCAGGCAAGGUUAUAACACACCGAGCCAAUCCAUACUCCGUAAGACAGAAUCGAACCCCGUUGGUAGCAAUCGAGGUCAUGACAGCCGUUGCUCCUCCCCCGGAAGAAGAGGCUAUGAAACCCCUAAUCAAUAUCAGCUUAAGAAAACAGACACCAGUGGUUCAUUAAAGAGCCGUAGUCAUGAAAGUCGUAACUCCUCGCCCUCAAGGAGAAGCUAUGAGGCACCUUCUCAGUCUCUGCUGCGCAAAUCUGAGGAAAACAGGUCUGUGAGAAGUUGUGAUAGCCGCAGUUUGUCACCCUCAAGGAAAAGCUAUCAUGGCUCAGACCAACACUUACAACGGAAAACACAAACUAACAACUCCCUGCACAGCAAAAAACCCAGCAGCCGCAACACUUCUCCCACUGGAAAAGGCAACAGUGACCCACCAGGAUAUUCUGUCCUCAGAAAUGCCACUAAUGGGGGCUCCAGUCAUUUUUCUCAGAGAAAAAACACUUACAAUGACACAAAGUCUGACUCCAAACACUCGCCACGGUCCUGGCGGGAAUCAACUCACACCCUUCGCAGCUCUUCAUUAUCUCGUUCAGCUUCACCCUCAAGACAGACCCCAAGUGGGAACAGAGCAGCUCCUGUUACCUUGGAAACCCCUCGGAGCCCCAGCAGCAGCAGCAUCAGGUCUAGGGGUGGCAGACACGUCCAUGAGGAUCGCUGCCUCUCUCCUAAAGACAAAAGGCCCUCCCUCCACACACGCAGCCCUUCUCCUCCACCUCAAAUUCAAAUGCAGCGGCACACCUCCUCUCAGAGCUCCAUGGAGUCCUCUGAGUCAGCCCAGCUGUCAGUGGGGUCCACAGGAAGGAACAGGGAGGAGUACGCAGCAUUGGCAGACCUGCCCAAAGUCAAGAGAAUCCAUCUGAGGGAAGAACCAGGGCACGUGGGACAGCCUCACAACCAGCAACCCCCUCGGAGACAGGAACUCUUCAAACCAGCAAGCCACUCCUUGAGCAAACAUCCAUCCAGAGAGUGGGAUGAGACUGUGGACACUGAAAGAGAAUGGCACUAUAGUGGCAGUGGUUACCUGUCUCGGGCUCACUCCACCACCUCAUUACAAAGGUCUGGCAGUCCCACAGCAGAUGAAGGCAGUUCUUGGAAAGGUAGUCACCACAAAGUAGAACAAAUGCAGGUAUGUGGUCCACCCCAGUCCAUUCUUAAGCCGUUUUCAGGCAUGAAUUCUGGGUAA